GCGAAGCGACACACACAGUGAGGACUUCCUUGGCCUUAGUCACAGCGAUAUCCUGGACCGCUAUAGACAGCUUCGAUCCCACGAACUGAAGGAAGAGACCCAAGUCUUUAUCGUCACGUCCGACAACACUAGUUACAAGAUCGUGUUGGACGUCCAAGACUUCAUGAACGGGGAUCUGAAGGUGAAGGUGGCGGGCGAGACGGAGGUGGUGGUGGAGGGUCGUGUGGAGAGGAGAGAAGAAGGAAGCUCAUCCGUGUCCUCCUACUCCUUCCGACGCCGCUUCUCCUUGCCAGAGCAUAUUGACAUGACAGCCAUCACGUGCAUCAUGUCUUCAGAUGGCAUUCUUACAAUCAGCGCUUCAAAAAUGGCAGAAGAACCGGAGGAACACAAAGUGAUCAGGUCUGUUGAGGAAGUUCAAAAAUCCUCUCAAGUUCAACGCUCGCUAUUCCCAGCUGAUGAAACCAUCUCCCUCCAUGAGGAAUGUGAAAAAGAAAGCAAAGCCACACAUGACUGCAUGGACUCUGUGGCAGAAGAUACGAGCAUUGAAGAUAAAGAUUCCGAUCUCAUCUGA